UAUCAAGGGAAUUAGUACUCAUUUUCAUUAGGACCCGAGCAAUAUUUUAGUAAUACAUUUUGACAACUGCGGAGGAGUGAAACACACAAUCCUUCUCGAAUUCUCUCGACAACAGUUAAAACAUGGCUUCCACUUCUGGGGCCACGAAGUUUGUGGAGCCGCCUGCCGAAAGAUACCUUAUGAUUAAGCAUGGUGAUGAAAACCCACAAGAAGGUCUGGGAGUUUGCAUCUAUGUUCUCAUGUUUUUUUCCGUUGUGCUGAUCGUAUUCACAAUCCCUAUCUCCGUGUGUAUGAUAUUCAAGACAGUUGCCGAGUAUGAGAGAGCAAUAAUCUUCCGUGCCGGUCGGCUCCUGCCCGGCGGACCUAAGGGACCGGGUCUGUUCUUCAUCAUCCCAUGCAUCGAUGAGUUCAGAGUGAUAGACCUCAGGACACUCUCAUUUGAUGUACCUCCCCAAGAGUUACUCUCAAAAGACAGUGUGACUGUUACUGUUGACGCUGUGGUCUACUUCCGCGUGUCCGAUCCCACCAUGGCGGUGCUUAACGUUGAGAACUACAAGCGGUCAACAGAGCUCUUGGCUGCUACCACGCUGCGUAACGUCUUGGGUACCAAGACCCUGGCCGAGGUACUGAGCCACCGGGAUGAGAUCAGUGCAACACUCAAAGCUCUCCUUGAUGUGGCCACAGACCCAUGGGGAGUGAAGGUGGAAAGAGUGGAAAUUAAAGACGUCCGUCUGCCAGUGCAGAUGCAGCGAGCUAUGGCUGCUGAAGCCGAAGCCUCAAGAGAAGCCAGAGCCAAGGUGAUUGCCGCGGAGGGAGAGCGGAAUGCCUCCCGGGCCCUCAAGGAGGCAGCUGACAUCAUGGCUGAGGCCCCCAGUGCCCUCCAGCUCCGUUACUUGCAGACACUUAAUGCCAUCUCGGCCGAAAGAAACUCCACCAUCAUCUUCCCGCUGCCCAUCGAUCUUUUGUCUGGUAUGUUGAAGUAAUCCAAGUCGAUUGGACGUUAUGCAGAGAUCUGGGGGUUUUUGGUGAGUAGACAAGAAGGAUGUUGUUAGUAACCCAGAAAACUGAUAAAAAAGAAAUGUUUAUUUUUUUCGAGACCAGCACCAAAAAUGGUUUCAAGAGUUUUACCUUCGUUGGAGAGAAGGUUAGGUAGCAUAACGUUACCAACAGAUCUUCAUGUAACUAUUAAAUGAAAAAAAAAAAACUGUACUGAUACUAUAGGGUAUCUAUUUAAAGAAAUAUAAACACAACAGUAUCAAUGCUAGAGUACCUGACUCGUCCAAUACAAACAGGUACAACUUAAACAAUCUGUAAAGCUUGGAAGUGCGCUUGGUGUGUACCAUAAUUCCCGUCAAAAAGUCAUGUAAUUUUCAAAAUGUCAUGUAAUUUUCAUACAUCGAGACAGAAUCCCUGCUGAAUUCUGCUGGAUGUCAACGGAUAUUUACAUAUCGUCAAUAUCUGUAAAUUUUGUCGCCAUCGGCGCAAAAACAUUAUUCCCCUAUGUUCGUUGGGCCAUUUAUUAUUUUCAUUCCUGAAACUAUUUCACCUCUCUGGAGAUAAGUCAGACUGUGUUGCCAAUUGUUCAGCAUUUUAGCACACCAAACUUAAAAUCAGCCAUAAGAACCAACUCUGUACUCAUGGAUACCCAUUCACCCUCCUGGGUGAAGAAAAGCAAUUUUGUUUGUUUUGGUUGAGUUUGUUGCUCUAACUCUAAUAAUUGAACCAAAAGUCAACAGUCUAUUGAGUUAUGACUAUUACUUUUAGAAGUCAAAUCUAAAUUGACAUUUUUUC